AGGAAUUCAAAACCUUGCAUGCAUCAUAUGCGGAUAUGCUUGAUGAAACCACACGCGUGGAAGAUGAGGAAAAUUGGUAUAAACCGAAGCUUGCAGAUAUCGCUGCUUUUAUUGAUAAAGUAUUUGAAUGGAUUAAGUCUGUCGAAAACUCUAGCUCCCCAAGCGCAACUGAAGUGACCUCCUCUGCUAAUAUAGUACAAGUACAUGAAGCAGACCCCUUAAUUAUUGACGGUGCCCAAGCAGAGCUAGACUUAUUUGAUGUCCAAUCGCAUAGGUCCAACGCCUCGUCGCGCAGAUCUCAUACUUCGACCAGAUCUUUGCGCAUUAAUGCAGAGGCAGAACGAGAAGCUUUAUUGACUGAAGCGUCAAAACUGCAGCAAAAACAUGCAAUUGAGGAACAGGAAUUAUUGCUGCGCAAGCAAAGGGAGGCGCUGGAACUUAGUGUUAAAUUGGAUGCCUCAAACGCAAAAAUUAACUAUUUGAAGGCAGCUGAAAAUAACAGUUUAGGUCCUAUUCCGUUUGAUCUCGACGCAACGCACAUGUCUGCGCUGGGAGGAGGAGCGUCACAAGCAGAACAAUUGGAUGAAGAGCUGGAGAGCCCAAUUUCGUUUCUUGACACCCCCUCAGUGAAACCCAAAGUAAAUGCUGCACAUGUUAAUGUCCCUCUGCUUAAUCCAGAUCACAACAUGGCUACAUUACCCAAUAGGCCCACCAGCAGUGAGCAAGUGCAAUGCACUGCACUGCCUAGUCUUCCCCAUGGAGCUGAUAUUAAUAUUUCCUCACUCCAAAUUCAGCCAGCUGUUAGCUCAGCUCAAGAGGCUCUGCCUACACAGCCCCCUUCUCAGCCACCCACAAGUCUUUCUAUUGAAUCUCAGGCUAUGCCACUGCAGCCACUGUGGUUGAAGCCAAGGCCGCUACUGCAGCCUCAGCUACAAGCCCCUCUGCUAUCUCAGCCACUGCAACCUCAGCUACCAGCUCCGCUUCAGCCGCAGUCUCAGCCUCCGCCUCAUACACAGGCACCGCUUCAACUGCAGCAGCAGUCUCAGCCUCCACCUUCACCUCUGCCUCAACCACCGCUUCAGCCUCAACAGCCGGUGCCUCAGUUUCAACCGCCGCCAUUGCAGCCUCAACGCCGACCACAGCAACAGUCUCAACGACAACUACACCCUCAGCUCCAACCAAGUCAACCGCCUUGGCCCCAGCUACAACCUCCUCUGUUGCCUCAGCAGUUGCAGUCACAGCUUCGAACACAGCAGCCUCAAUCUCAACUGCAGUUUCGACCACCACAGGCCCUUCUGCCUCAACCACCACCGCAGGCUCAACCCCAGCUCCAAACAUGGCUUCAACUACAGCCUCAACCACCACCUCAGAUACAAGCUCAGCUACAGCCUCUGUCUCAACUGCAGCCGCAGCCUCAGCCCACACCACGGCCUCAGCUACAACUGCAGCCUCCACUGGCACCUCAGCCACAAUCGCAGCUUCAGCCUCAGCCUCAAACACCCUCUACAGGUACGCCCAGCUCACCGCAUGACCGUCAUAUGAUCAAGGUACUGGAAAACCAAAAUGAACUGACCAGACUGCUGAUGAAGCAACAACUGUCAUCCACCUUGCCACAGGGCAACAUUCCAGUCUUCGAUGGUGAGGUACUUGAAUACAAAUCAUUCAUUCACAGUUUUCAAAAUAUGAUUGAACGUAAAACCGACAACAACAGAGACCGACUUCAAUUUCUCAUUCAAUACACCAAAGGCCAAGCACAAAAGCUAGUUAAGAGCUGUGAGUAUAUGGCACCAGAUAAAGGCUACCAAAAGGCUCUGAAAUUACUUAAAGAAAAUUUUGGAAAUGAGUACAAAAUAUGUUGUGCAUACUUGGAAAGGGCUUUGUCAUGGCCACACGUGAAAUCAGAGGAUGCUAAGUCGCUACAGGAAUAUGCAAUGUUUAUUAGGAGCUGUUGUAAUGCAAUGGAUGAAAUGUGUUACAUGGAAGAGCUGGACACUGUAUCCACCAUGAAGGGCAUUGUUGGAAAACUUCCAUUCAAGUUGAAGGAGAGAUGGCGCAGCAAGGCCUUUGACCUACAACAACAAAGGAAAAGCAGGGUAAGGAUCUUAGACCUUGUCUCAUUCAUGGAAGAUCAGGCUCGCAUAGCAGGUGACCCAAUGUUUGGCGAUCUUCUAGACCAGCCAACUACAGGUAAAUCUAAAGCCCCUACUAAGUCCCAGCCAUCUAGUAGUAGCUAUUUCACCAGUGUUACUCUUCCUCCUAAAGUGCCAAAGUCCAACACCUCAUGUCACUUCUGUAGCUCAAAGCAUGCACUAGACCGGUGCAAAAAGUUCAAGGAGAAGGCCCAAAGAGACAAACUCAACUUUCUGAAAGCCAGGGGCAUAUGCUUCGGAUGUCUCACCCCAGGGCACAUCAGCAAAGACUGCAGUAGGCGUCUGACCUGUAGCAUGUGCAAGCAAAGCCAUCCAAGCACCCUCCACAUUGAACCCAAGGACAAUGGACAGAAAAGGAAAAUGGAGAUCUCAUCUGUAUCAGGUAGUGCAGCAGAAUUAUGUUGUCAUAUGGGGGCCGGAGACAAUGAGUGUACACUUUCCAUCAUCCCAGUUAAUGUCAGGGCAGCAAAGGGCAGCCAAGUCUUUCAGACAUACGCUCUAUUGGAUCCUGGGUCUUCUGCCACCUUCUGCUCCGAGGAGCUCAUGACACGCCUCCAUGCAAGAGGAAAGAGGACCAACAUCCGUCUGCGCACAAUGAACCAGGUGACCUCUUUUCCAACCCAUGUCUUAUCAGAACUGGAAGUUUCAGCACUGGACAGCGACAACUUCUUUCACCUUCCUGACACCUUCACACAAAAGGAAAUGCCAGUAACCACCAGCAGCAUCCCCAAGCAGACUGACCUGGCGCAUUGGGCGCAUUUGAGUAAGGUCACCAUUCCCUCCAUUAGUUCUAAAGUAGAGCUGUUGAUUGGCACAAAUGCUCCACACUUGCUAGAACCAUGGGAGGUAGUAAAUAGUCAGAAUGGGGGUCCCUGGGCUUGUAGAACAGUUCUGGGGUGGGUGAUAUUUGGGUCACUAAGAUCUGCUGCUGGCGGUGAAGGAACAGUGACAGUAAAUAGGAUUUCUGUCAAACAUUUGGAAAAGCUGGUGGCUUCAGAGGACACUCCACCAGAGGAAAUGGAAAAACUGUCUAUUGGAGACACAGCUUUCUUGACCAAGGCAAACAAGGCAGCAUUGGAAAAUGGGCUUUCCAGCUCAACGCUGCCCCCUAGGAAAAUGAAUGUGCCCAGGUCAAGCCAUAGGAAAACUGGAGAUCAUACACACAGUGUUAAAAGGAAAAUGAAGAUGGGAAACUUCAAACAGGAACACAAUGCAUGUCUUAGUAACAACAUUGAGGAAACCUCACAGGUAAAACCCAUGCAGCCACCUGAAAAGACACACAAUGUCAUGUCACCAAAAGCAAAAGAAAGCAAGCCACCACUACAUCAUGGCCAAGCCACUCUGCCUGUUGGAAGAACAUUGGAAUCACAGAGGGGAGAAGACUUUCGCUCCAAAAUCCAGGCAAGUCCGAAAUCUCACAACUGCACAAGCAUACUUUCAGUUGUCAUUUUUGUCUUUGCACUCUGCUUUCUUGGUCUUCUCAUCUCUCCAGUCAAGCAGCUGUUACAGGAGCCCACCACAUCAUCGUCUCCCCAUGCUGAUGCUAGAGUGAGCGGCUAUGGCUGUGUGAGCAACAUCAGACAGGUGAACAAGCAGAAUGUAGUGCAUGUCAAAUCAGAACUUGAAAUGUCCAGAAUUCACCCUCCACAGAACAUCGCAGUGCCAGGAUUGGAGCUGGCAGCCACUGCACUACUGGAGAAGGAGGACCGGAUGCUGAGGAGAGGACUACCCCUGGACAUGGAGUCAUCAGUCUUCUGGAAAAAAGAAGAACCCAUCAUCUCAAAGCACCACCCAUGCGAAGUGGAACCUGAAGGCAGAAGAUGGUCAGAACCUGAGUUGGUGGACAGCGCAUCACAGGAAAAGGACAAGGCAGAUGCUGAAUCCCGAUGCUCUACAAUGAUCCAGGCCACCAAGAGGAAAGAUGAAGACCACAUGCGAUGCAAGAAACCUGGUCCAGGCUGA